AUGUCUGCGCCGUUUGCCCCAAAACGCCGAGACGUAAUGUCAUCCUCACGGCCAGGUCGGCCAUUUGCCCCUGGCCCCAUUUUCCGCCUCUUAGGGCACCAUGGUACCCCUGUCGGCCUGCCCACCCACCCAGACACGGUUCGGCUUGACCCUGCCCCUCCAGGCUCGAGAUUCCUCGCCAUGGCUCGACCGCAUGAAGCGUCACCAUCUGGAUCAUCUCCAUCUCCAUCACUGCAUUCUGGCUCAUAUUCUCGACCUACAACUCCUCGACAGCCGCCUGUUUCUUCACGGCCAAACCCUUUCAAUGAUGCACCUUCGUCCCCUUCAUCAUCUUCUUUAUCCUCCCCUUCCCAUCCCCGCUCACAUCCCCCCUCGCCGUCAAUGUCACCACCCUCAUCACCCAGUUCACAAUGGCAUCGCACAGGCAAAUACACUGUCUUACGGUUCCGCGUGAACCCGCACCCCGGCCUUGCACCUGGGCAUAGAGGCCUCAAUGUUGCGUUGUGCUUUCACAAUGGGUACUGGCAGUCCUUGAGUGAAGGGGGUGAUGACAUUACCAUCCAUUUCAAUGACCAUCAACGUGUCAUAUCUUGUGCAGCAGCCCCAGAUGAGAGCGACACUCUUCCUUCAGCCCCAAACUACGUCAUUCAAAGUAGCGACGUUAACCUUUGGGUCGAGGAAGAUGAUGUGUUUGACACUGAACUUGUUCAAUCGAGCCACCCAGAAAAUCAGCCCAAGCAGCACAAGCCUUCGUUGAUACGGUUACAGCGUCCUGUGACUUCCACCCAAGAGAAUGUCAAGGACAUUGCCAGCAAGAGACAGCCUCGGCAACCCAUCAACAACAAGCUCAUCCUGUGGACAGGCUACGCCGUUUUAUGCUACUUAUUUCUCGCCAUUCUGAUCUCCUUUUCCCACCCGCGCCAACAACCCUCGGUAACAGUCUACGAAGCCACGCCAUUUCAUCCUGAAGCCAUCGUUACUGAUGUGCUCCCGGUUUAUGAUCGUUUCCACCAACUCUGCCUCCGCCAAGCAUUCUUCCCACGCAACUCGACUUUUUUUAAUCUUCCCCUUGAUACGCUGGCCGUCAACCUCAUGUUCGGGAACAGGGAUUUGUGCCUUCCUGUACAAGAUAUUGGUACCAUGUGGAAUCCUGAACAAGGCUUGACGAUGGACGCACUGGAGCGUUGGGACUACGAAAAAGAGUUGAGAAAGGGUGGUCCAGUAUACGAUGGCGUGGACUUGUACGAGGUCUGUUCGAACGUCUCCAGGGCUGUGGAUCGCGCCACGACGAGCUUUCGGCGUACCAUUUGGUAUCUCGAAGGCAGCGCAACUGCUACUAGCAGGAUAGCAAUCGAGGGGCUGGCGGUAAGCCUCAUGAUUCGAGAAAAGAUGGAUGCGCACAAUGCUACCUCGACGAAGCCAUCAGGAAAGCCAUAUACAACUGGGCUAGCAGCUCCGCCAACUCCAGAUCCUUCGCCGCUUUUGACCCUUGCAAUCUUGAAAGACACUGCGGACGAAGAAGUUGGACCGAGUUUGCACAGUCUGAGGGAUAAGACGAUGGAAGAGAUGAACGAGUUCCGGAAGGAGUUGAAGGAUGCGAUACAAAAAGUAGAUCAGGUCCUUGACAUCUCUCGCAACGUCACCGAGCACACUACAGACACCAACCACGGCACGGGCACAAGUGAACCACCCUUUUGGAAAUCUUGGUGGACUCGAAAGAACCUAGAAACAUUGAGAAAGGCCAAAAAGGCAAAGGCUCUCCGUAAGACCAAGGACUCCAUGGGCUUCUUCAUCAACGUCAGGCACAACUUGACCGUGGUUGCAUCAGCUUUGGAGGAGGUGUUUGCCGAACAAGAAGACAUCUUGCACGAGGAAGACAAGAUCACAUUCUGGAUUCAACAGCUUCUCGACGCCGCUUCCAUUGCUUCACAGGCCGACUCUGGCAGCAUCGUCCAAUUACAAAACAAUACAAGCGAGAACUACAUAGCAGGCAAGUGGCAUUCCAACCUCUGGGCCCCAUACCGUCCAAAGCUGGAGAAAGAAGAGUUUGGUCAGUGGUGCCUGUACCCAGAUUGCCCAAGAGCCCAAGGCGAGAAGGUUAUAGUGAGACUGCAUCUACCAAACCCGACUGAGGCAAUUGCGGCUAUAUUUCCUACUUGGAUGCUCAUUCUCCAAGAGGAGGUGGCUUUGUGGGAGAUCGUUAAAAGCAGGAGAAAAGAAGCCGAAAAAAAUCGACCUCGGUGA